UGAGUCUAAUUUUUUUUUUUUUUUCAGUUUGACAGCUCAACUCUGAAACUAAAUUCUUAUCUGGCAAGAAUAUCUGAAAGAUAAAUCUCAGUUUAAACCACAAGUGAAAGGUUCAGGACUAAAAGCUAUUACAUCCAGAUUCUCGUUUGCCCACCUGCUCCUGUGAUAGGCCGCCUCGCAUUGGCUUAAAUGGCAACCAAUCAGCUGCUUGCUCAGCCCACUGAGCGCAUGGCCAGUCAAAUGUUGUAGCUGAGCGUUCCAUGCUCUGCUUGGAGACCCUUGUCACAACAGUGAAGACUUCAAAGCAGCCAGCUGGCGUGGGGGGCUGUUGGUACGAAGUGUCAAGAAGACAGACAGACAGACAAUGAGAGGGCAGUAGAAGGUGGACACCAGGUUUUAGUGUUAGGACAAAAGACACAAAAGUGUGCAGUGAGGGACAGUUCAUAAAAGCAGUUAAAGGGACAGGAAAAAGGAGCAGGCUGACACUAGAAGCAGUUUUCUUCUUCCUUUGCCUCUGAGUAUGUGCACAUGGAUUUAGUCGGGCUCUACCUCCCAGAGUGUUUCACCUACCACUGUGACUCAGAGCACUUGGGCAGAAUGUCAGUGAGGGGCUUGGACCCCACCUGUCCCUCUUCUAUAAAGUGUGAGCCCUCCAGCCCCACUCCCAGCUCCCAGGGAGACGCUAGUCCAGCCCAACCCAGUCCCGGAAGCUCGUCCUCGGACACAAACUCAAGCUACGGGCCUUUAACAAAAGGCCACGGUCACAGCAAUGAUCUGGACUCGCCCAGACUGUACGGUCACACAGUGGGCCUGGCCAAUAAUGGUGGAACAAACAGGAGGUUUGGUGAAGAAGAAGGUCAAGUGAAGUGUGAAUUCAUGCUGGGUUCAGUGGCCAAGCGGCUGUGCCUGGUGUGUGGUGAUGUGGCCUCAGGUUACCACUAUGGUGUGGCCUCCUGUGAGGCCUGCAAGGCCUUCUUCAAGAGGACCAUCCAGGGUAACAUUGAAUACAGCUGCCCAGCUUCCAAUGAGUGUGAAAUCACCAAGAGAAGAAGAAAGUCCUGCCAGGCCUGUCGGUUUGUCAAAUGCCUGGCGGUGGGCAUGUUGAGAGAAGGUGUGCGUCUGGACCGGGUGCGAGGCGGCAGACAGAAGUACAAGAGGAGAAUAGAUGCUGAGAACAGCCCGUACCUGAACCCACAGAAUGCCUUGCCACAGAAGAAAACAUUUUCUGCCAGUGGUGUGGUCGAAAACAAAGUGGUGUCUCUGCUGCUGGUGGCUGAGCCUGAAGGUAUCUUUGCCAUGCCGGACCCCACUGUACCUGAGAGCGACAUCAAGGCUCUGACCACACUGUGUGACCUGGCUGACAGAGAGCUGGUGGUCAAUAUCGGCUGGGCCAAACAUAUCCCAGGUUUUCCUUCCCUGUCACUGGCAGACCAGAUGAGUCUACUGCAGAGUGGCUGGAUGGAGAUCUUGAUCCUGAGAGUGGUGUUUCGCUCGUUAGCCUUGGAGGACAGGCUUGUGUACGCUGAGGACUAUGUCAUGGACGAGGAGCAGUCCAAAUUGGCGGGACUGCUGGACCUUAACAAUGCCAUCCUGCAGCUGGUGAAGAAAUACAAAACCAUGGGAUUGGAGAAGGAGGAGUUUGUGGUUCUGAAGGCCAUUGCACUGGCUAACUCAGACUCCAUGCACAUUGAGGAUUCCCAGGCAGUACAGAGACUCCAGGAUGUCCUCCAUGGAGCCCUCCAGGAUUACGAGUCCACCCAGCAUCCAGAGGACCCAAGGCGUGCCGGCAAACUCAUCAUGACUCUCCCUCUCCUGCGUCAGACGGCAGCGCGUGCCGUCCAGCACUUCUGCAGCAUCAAACAGGACGGCCGUGUGCCUAUGCACAAACUGUUCCUUGAACUGCUGGAGGCCAAGGCCUGACCCCGACACAACGCCAUCCUGGGAACAGAUCAGGAUGAGAAGAAGAGGGAGGAAUGGGUAACAGUGGUAAAGAGACACCACACAUUUGUCCAUUUCAGCUUGCAUUUGAUGCUAGUGGUUUUUAAUCUGCUGUCAUCGGCUGGAAUACUCCAGAAAAAAGUGGUCGUGUUUAUACGUUUAGUGCCCUGGAUGUCGUCAUCUGUGUGGUUUGUGACGCUAAUCGAGACAAACGACCAGGCAGAGCAGAAGCAGAGGGAAUCUCCUUUUAGAGAUAUUUAAAGUUACAUAUGCCAAAAGUAGUAGAGCUCCUUUCAUGAAAACACCACCUGAUACUUGAAGAUCCCUGAGGAUUGUUUUCACCAUUUAAACGCCUGUUAAUAUGCAUCCUUGUGCACUUAGAGAAGCCUUUCAUCUGACGUCCUUUGUCCCCUUUUUUGUAUAGGAAAGUAAAUGUGUCCUUAGCAGUACAGUAAGUCUUGCCAAAGAGUAAAGGCCCAUUCUAUUGAAUUAUACCAGCAACUGUCCACACCAUUAUAAUGUGGCCUGUAAGACUCUCACAUUCAGCUGCAUCCCUGCUCCGCUGUGUAAUGCAAAUGUAUCUAUCUAGUCACCACAUUCCCGUAGAAAGAGGUCAAGGAAAACAAGUUGGUGUCAUAGUCAUCUCGUUGUUCAAUAAUCUGCCUCCUGGUUUCAGUAGAAAAUUUCAGGGAAACAGUACUUAACAUGUCAUGGGAGCCACUUUACUACAGCAAUGUGAUAUUUAUUACUAUAAAAAAUAAUCCUGUCUGUGUUUGUUUGCUGUUUUGUUUUUUAUUUUAUUUACUAACUUGGCAUUAUUGGUGAUUAGAUGAGAGCAGUUGCUGUGGCUAAUGAUUUUUUAAAGGUUUUUAAAAUGAUAUAUCACUGUAAGAACAUCUUUUUACCAGCUUCUCUGCUGCAGCACUGAUACUGACAUAAACCAUAUCAAGACACCGAAGACAGCGGUAUCAUCAGUGGCGUCUGUAAGUGGAACUUCAUCCAUUAUAUAUACCCACAUGGAUGUAAUCUUAACUAUGUAAACGGCUGCCAUACUGUAUAAUCUGGAUUAAGGAGGUGCUUGGUGUCCUUUCUUUAGUAGAAAUGUAUGUGGAGGGAAAAAAAUGUGUGCACUACUUUUGCUUUUUAGGCAUGACGUUCGGGGGAGGUGGGAUCAGUUGCUCUGUUAAUCUAAACGUGUUUAGUGUGAAAAGUCAUUCUCUAUGAAAUGUGUCCUUAUCUGCACAUAACAAAUGAAGGGAUUAAUCUUUGAAGGAAUCUUACUAUAAUAAUCAAAACGUUGUACUUCUUUACUCCUCAAUGCAAAGUACUGUGUGACACAAGGAUGUCCAUAUUUUUUGUCAAGAACUGGGGGGGGGAGGCUGUAGAUUCAACUUAUGUUCUGUACAUGUUGCUGUAUAUAUAUGUGUCAUGUUCUAACCCAUCAGAGGUGAUUGAAGAUGCAAGUAAGCUUUGUCUGAAUGAGUUGUGCUGUGCUAUUUCAUUCUCAGGUGGAUUCUUGGGCAAUAAAGAUGUACUCCAUAACACAAGUCUCCUGACAUUUCAUCAUUUUGAAUGAAGAGACAACAGAAAAAAGAAAAUUAGAAAUCCAGUCAUUCAGAGGUGGUAAGUAGUUCAAGUCUAGUUCAAGACUGUUACUUCUAACUACGGCCCAUUAUGUCACAUGUGGAGAUGGAGUGGAAGAAGACAGAUAUAAUGAUGGAGGCCAAGUUUAACAUUAAAGUUUAAUUCAUAUACUUCAUUACUUAAUCCAUAGACUGUGAAACAGGUUCAAGCCCUGGACCAGACAACAUAGAAGUUUAAUUAUACUUUUUGUCAUGUUUCCAACAUGUGGCUUUUUGGCUGAGGGGAUAGUAACACAGGCUAUGAAAACUGUGAGCACUCUGGGCCAGGGCUCAAUACCUGGACCAGGUAAGUCAUAGUUUUAAGUGAAGAAUGAACUUUAUUUUGUUUUGCGACC